AUGGCUCACCAGGCCCACAAUAUCUGCUGGAAUAUCUUGGCCAACAAUCUCAUCCAUCGAUCGCCGACAUACCCCGAGGCUGAACUGGUCUCGAAUUUGUACUUUCGCUUCAAACCCACGCAGGGGAAGGAGAUCGGAUACUUCGCCGAGUCUUUUGCUCGGAACAUCGCAGAACACACCCAAUGCGAGCGGCAGAAGUAUCCAGCCAACUUCGACCCGAUUCAGCCGGAUGAGGUGGUCCUGAACAAUAAGACUGCGGAAAGGAUCCGGCCGAUAGCAUACAAAUGGUGUAAAUCCUAUUCGGGAUGGUCGCCGGCGAAGAAGGUCCUAGAGGACACGCCUGGCGUGUGUCCGCAUCGCAGCGAUGACUUCUUUGCCUGCGGAUGUCCUUUGCCCUUCACUGAGCGAAAGGGUUCGGCAUUCUCUCGUCCCUGUAUAUAUACCCACUGUUAUGAGUUCUUCCACGAGAAUACCGCGGCAUUUUACAAUUUGCAGGUGGUCAACGCGCUCUUGGUUCUGGGCGAAAUGGAGACGGUUCUGCGGAUCUGCAACUCCAAGAAUGAACUGGCCAAAUGGAUGAUGGUGAGAGAUUGCAACUGUAUGGUUCCUGACCGCGGCUGGGACCAUGUCUUUAGAGCAGCCCUACACUUUUACUUGGCCCUCAACAUCUUGACUUGCUUCCCCGAACUAUGGGACCCGAUAUCCCGCCAGGCGGGCAACAAGAAAAAAUCCGAGGAGUAUCGUGGGACGCUAAUGUACCAAAAGACUCUCCGGACCUGGACCCAAGAGGAAUCAAACAACGAAGUCCCCUGCUACCCCCACCGUCAAUUCUUUGGGCUCGAAAGUCAUUUCUACCGGUCAGGCAAGAUCAAGCGAUACCAGAAACAACCUGCCUUUCUCGCUUUGCUGGCCGAGCGAAAAACUCUGGCUGAUAUUGCGCGAGUCGAGGAGUAUCUGCGGAUCAAACGACUGCCUCAGGAGUUGGUCCUACAGAUCACCGCGCUGGCGGGUUACGAUUCCCGGCGAGCGCGGCGACUUCCGGUCCCCCACGAUCCACUCCACAAAGACAAUCGCAGGGAAUUGCGGCAGUACUUGACGUUCUGCUGGAAGAUUAUGGUGCGGUGUAACAUGAUGGCACAGGAGCUGGGGACUGAAAUCAACUGGGUCUCGGAGGUGAUUCAUGCGCUUGGGGACAUGGUCACAGUCCCUCCGGGGAAGAAGUUGUUCACAACUGAGUGGUACGAACCGGACGAUAUUUGGCCCAAUGGUUUUAAUAGGUCGACAAUGCGAGGGGGGAAUCAGGAAUUUCCUUAUUCCUUUCGAGACUCGUCAUGA